AACAUUAUAAACAUAUCAAAUAAAAUAUGUCUAAGAUAUUUUUUGCUAUUAUCUUAUUCGUUAAGAUUAAUUAGAAAUACGAUUAUUUAAGGUGAAGGAAACUUUAAUAAUAUGAAUUGCUUGAAAUCAAAUGAAAUAUAUCUAUAGAAAUUUAGUAAUGGUACUAAAAAUAAAGUAACUGUAAAGAGAAAGAGAAAGAGAAAUGCAGCGCCAAAGAGGAGGAGAAAGAGAAAUGCAGCGCCAAAGAGAAAGACCUAAAACUAAAAAUUUCAAGAACAGAAUAUGACAGUGGUUAUGUUUAUGUUAUUUCAAUGCUUACUUUACCAGAUGGCGCGAUGAAAUUAGUGAAGACAUACAAUAUAGUAUUAAUAUAAUAAAAAUUAUUAAAAUUAUUAUGCUCGUUCAGCAGACCGAUAUUAAUUCCAAUCCACAAAGUGUAUGUUAUACACCGUUAAAACAUCAAAUUUUGGUUGAAACAAAACUGCGUUCUCGAUUUUGGUGUCGUCCCAGUGUACCCGAAACGUUUGUACGAGAAUUUCUAUCGUUUUAAAUUCCCUUUUAUCCGGCUGACAAUUAUCAUACUUUCUUCUUUCUUCCCAUGAAUGGUGAAAAAACUUAUUUAUUAUCAAAUGUACUUUUCCGAUUUACUAAUUCCAACGAUUUCAAGAAAUAAUUUUUGUCUUCCUUCAACGAAUGAAAGAAGUCAUCGAUGAUAGGUCCGAUUGUGCAUACAUAUAUUGAAGAUGGAAAUCUCAUUAUCAAUGGCGAUUGCAGAAAGAACAUAAGAUCACAUCCGCUGGUUAUGCGAGCUAAAAUAUUUAUAAAUUCUGAUGUAAAAUACAAGAUGGAAACGGGGUCGCUAACUGAUCGCGCCUGGCUGGAGAGAGUCCAGAAAUCAGGCAGAAAGCGCGGUGGGUAGUCGGCGUUAUUGAGGUUGUCGAUGGAAAUGCAAAUGGCUGUCAUCAUGAUGUAGUCGGGUCUUAUUUUUCCUUGCCUUGAGACACAAACAAUCGCGAAAAUGUUGAAUACCCUUAGAAUACGAUAUUCGUAAUGGCGCUACGGAUGAAGGUUAAGCUUGCGGUUUUGUGUGCGUGAAUUAAAGGCGGGGUAAGUGUACAAAGUACGCGGGAAAAUCUUCCUCAUGGCUGGAUACACGCGCCUUCCAGUUAAACUCAUCCGGUAACUGAUCCGAAGUACGUAAGCGCAAACAAAUAGCAAUUAAUCGAUAAUACGUAUUUCUUUCCAUACGUAAUCAGUUAACAUAAGUAAAUCUAAGGAGUUUAUCAAACAAUAGAGAAUAAGUGGUAACAGCGAUAGUUAUGCCAGCUGUAAGUGUUUACGAUCCUGUUGCGGCAACACUCCGCCGUACUUUAGAAGGUAACCAAAGGAAAGGAACAGAGGAGCUAUCUACAAGUUUACUUGUUAGCGCAUCAAGAAUUCUUCAAGGAGAAGUUCAAUAUAAAGAAGUCGAUGAUUAUCAGGCAAAAAUUUUGGAUCAACUCAAAGCUAAAUAUAUUGUCUUGAGUUUACCAAAUUCAGAUAAUCUAGAAGAUACAAAAUCUAAAGAUGGUACAACGUAUGUAAAAAAAAACGAAGGUAUGAGUAAAGGUCCUACAUUGCCAGAACCAGCUGUUACUUUGUAUUGUUCCAAGAAAGUAAAUCUAGGAUGGAGAGGAACAUUUCCAGUAGGUGCUGGCAUGUAUAAUGUUGGUAAUACUUGCUAUUUAAAUAGUACACUUCAGGCAUUAUUUCAUGUGCCAGCACUUGUAAAUUGGUUAUUAUCGGAUUCACAUCAUACUUCAAAAUGUGAACAAAAUGUUUUAGAUGGAGGUGGAGAGUGCCUUACUUGCGCAGUGGCUAAGACUCUACAAUUCAGUCACCAGAAGUCAGGAUGCGCCAUCAAACCAUUCUAUAUAUAUAAUAAAUUAAAACUUAUCUGUCGAACUAUGGUACCAGGACAACAAGAAGAUGCUCAUGAGUUUUUACGUUAUUUAUUAGAAGGAAUGGAAAGAGCUUAUUUAACAAGACGCAAAGCUGGAAAGUUAGACAGUUAUUCUAAAGAAACAACACCUAUCAAUCAAAUAUUUGGUGGUUAUAUACGCACUGAAGUUAAGUGUUUACAAUGUGGUCAUGUUUCUACUACGUUUCAACAUUUUCAGGAUUUAUUGGUUGAUAUACGUAAAGCAAGCACAUUGGACGAAGCGUUAAAUAGUUAUUUCAGUCGAGAACAGUUGGACAAUAACGAUUAUAAGUGUGAAGCUUGUAAGAGAAGAGUACCCGCGACUAAACAAUUUAGUUUAGAACGAGCUCCUAAGGUUUUGUGUGUUCAGUUAAAAAGAUUUAGUGUUUUGGGAGGGAAAAUAUCUCGUCAUAUAGAUUUUAGACAAACAAUAGAUAUGGGUCCUUACCUAUGGAGAGAACCAAACGAACCUUUGCUGCAGCUUACUUAUAAACUUAUGUCAAUUGUUACACAUAUGGGCCCGUCAGUAAAUUGUGGGCAUUAUACAGCAGUUGCACAAAUUUCAACUGGUCAAUAUUACUCCUUUGAUGAUUCAUGCGUUCGUCCAAUUAGUCUUAGCAACGUAUUAAAUACAAAUGCAUAUAUAAUGAUAUUUGAAAUGGAACCUAAUCAAGGUCAAAUAAAUAAUCAACAGACAGUUAAGAUGAAUGGCAUGUCAUCUGAAAAAAGUGUAUUGUCCUCAAGUCCUUCUAGUAAAUCUGUAAAUCCAAAAGCAUCAACAUCUGACAUAUAUAAUGGAUCUGUUAAUGGUUCGCCCAUCAAUAAAAGUGGUAUAGAAGGUUCAAAGAUAGGUGCUCAAUUAUCCAUACAAAAGAAUAUAGGACUUCAGCUUCCUCUACAGAAGUGUACAAGUAUCAGUGGAACACAAUUAUCACAAAAGUCACAAGACAAAUCUCAACCAUGGCUUGCAGUGCAGUUUAAAAAAGUAUUAAGUGGAAAUAGUUUAGUACCAUAUGAUGGCUCAAGUGAUGAGGAAGAGAUAAAUUCUUCUGUAUCAAACAAAAAUCGUGUAGUAACGAAUGUGUCUACAUUGAAAACAAAUCUUUCCCUUACUGUAGCUAAUGGUGCACAGAAGGCAUCAACAGUAAAAGACUCAAUAUCUAAAACAGUUCCUACCUCAAAAGAAACACAAAUAUUAACAAUGAAACAGUCUAAUAAUUCAACGUCUUCAAGUCAAAGUAGUUCCGUUCAGUGUACGAAAGUACAGAAUGUUUCUAAUGGCAAUAGUUCAUUAACUGCCUUGAAACAUCAAAAUGGUAAAUCAGAAGUAAAUGGUAAGAUGGAAAAUAGUAGUAAGGAAAAGUCUUAUCAUCCAAUUAGAGUAAAAACAGGCCAGGAAGAGAAAGUACUUACCAAAGCUGCAAGUAGCAGUAUAAAGGGUUGGCAAGUAUCAAAGGAUGCAUUUUCUCCCAUAUCAAAUGCAACCCCAAAUGGAUGGUCUGUGACUGACAACAAAGAAGAUUCAACUAAAUGCAGUCAAAGCAAUAUAACGCCAAGUGCUGCAGCAUUGAGAGAUUUUAAUGGAACAAAUCGUUCGGACACCGUCUCAAAUUUAUUAAAAAUGUCCCAUCGUGGAUAUGGCAGUACCUUAGUAACAAAUUGGCGUGGCAAUAGAUGUCAUUUAGAACGUGAAGUUGAUAAUGACAGACGAGAAGAGCGUAAACGUCACAUUAAUGCAGACGAUGAGGAAGCAGAUCGAGGUCGAGUAAAAAAAGUUAAAGAACACAGAAUGUUUGGCGAUAGAAUAAGUACCGGAUAUAAUUUAUUCCAAGAGUAUCAAAAUGGGAAGACUUGGAAUCGAUCAAUUAGCGGUUACCAUCGAGAAUCUUAUUAUAAUGCUUCCAAUAAUACGCGGCUACGACGUAAUAGUAAUUAUAGGCAUCCUCGUUAUAGAUACCACAAUAAUUCUCGCGUACAUUGGCAACGUGGAUAAAAAAAAAAAAAAAAAAAAAAACAAAAAAACAAAAAAUUCUAUAAAAUAGCCUCUACGACAUUCUGAUGUUAUGGGAGAUAUGGUAUUAGUUCGAAGUUGCUGAUCGAUACACAGUUUCACUGUCUAUUGAAAGUAAACUAUCAAAGCCUAUGUCUCAGCGCUGAUUUAGAUUAUUAAUUCAUAAAGUAUCUCAGUGUCAGAUAUAUAAUGUGGUUCUUUUAUUGCAUUUUAACUCUUGCAUGUUCCUAAAGAGUUCAUAACGUGGUUUGAUUUUUUCUUCUUUUAUUUUAAAGAUGAUAUAUGACUAAUGAUAAGGAGGUUGAGUAUCGAUAAUACAUAUAUACCAAUUUUGUGUUCAAAACAAAUGUAAAGAAUUCUUAUCAUCAUUAUUAUUAUUAUUAUUAUACAUUUUACUAUAUGAAUACUUGAGUUUUACUUUUAUGUGAUAUUUAAGUAUAAAUGCAUUUCAUAAAAUUUGUAUCAUUUAAAAAAUUUAUUAUUUUUGUUUUCUUUUUGGCUGAAUUGAAGUAGCUUCAUAUAUAAAAGUAAAUUUUAAUUCGUAUAAUUUAUAACUACAAGAACGUAAUUGUUUUCUCAAGAAUUCAAUAUGCUUAUUGUUGAUUAAUAAUGGUUAAAAUAUAAAAUCUUGAACUUAUUUUUAUAAUAUAUAUAUUCAUUUUUUGAGAAAUAUGAAUUUUAAAAGAAUUAUUACAAAAAGAUAGCAGCUAGCUGAAAUAACACUUCUUUAAUAUUACAGAUAUUACAUUUAAAUACUAAUGCAAAUAAAUAAUGCUAUCCGUCCUUCAAUCUUUACCAAUGAUACUCAUCUCCUGUUCUGUAAUUUAUAUUUAUGUGCAAAGAGAUUAUUUAAUGUUUUAGUAAGAGACACACCAAUCUGAACAAUUGCUAUUUCUUGCACGAUUCCUUAAUAAAAAUUAAAAAUUCCUUAAUAAAUUCUUUUUUAAAAUAAUUGUGGUAUCUAUUUCGUUUAAAAGUAAUUUUGAAUCAAUAUCUGUUAAUAUUUGUGUGUAAAUUGUUUCUCAAAUAAUAAACUAGACUCAAUAUUGAAAUAAUGUCCAUAAUGGAUUGAACAUAUUAAAUAUUAGCUUUAAAAAUAAUCGUAAUAAAAUAUUAGUUCAAGAAAAUUGUAAAUUACUUAGAUUCGUAAGUAUAGGACUUUUUAAUGAUAAGAAACAAGGAUUAAGAUUGCAAAACUAUAGAGAAUUUGUUAAGUCAAAUGUGAAGUAGAUCCUGUCUGCUUUCACUUACAAUACCUCGUUACAUCAUUUUACGAAUUAAAUACUAGCCAAAAGAUGUCAUUAGUAUCUCAUAUUGUAAAUCGCCGUAGAAAUAACGAUCAUAAAAAAAAAUGUCAACUUUAUGUACAAGAUAUAAAUCUAAAAAAAAAUUCAUUUGUAUUUGCCAUUAGAAUAAUUUACUGAAAUAAAACAAAAGUAUCUAGAAAAAA